GGAUCUUCUGCCGCACCAGGCUCAUCCUCUCCAUCGUGUGCCUGAUGAUCACGCAGCUGGCUGGCUUCAGUGGACCAGGGUUGUGCUCACCUUUGGGCUAGUUAGCAGCCAUAGAGAUGCCUCCAGGUCUCUUGAAAGGGAACAGUUGAUUUUGGAGUGAAUGGUGGCUUGUCAGCAGCUGGAAGGAUGAGGGGCCCAUGUUGUCAGAGAAGAAAUGGAACUGGUUUGCUUGCCUGGGGCGGGGGUGAAACCGAAUGAUUCCGGCUCUGCACGGGACUGUGCUUCUUUGCUGUGUGUUGACAUGAAAUGGCAGUCUCGGUUCGAGAAGAUGUGUCUCGCAGUGCUGUGAGUGGGCGAGAGCAGUGUUGUGUGGCAUAGGCUGUUGACCCAGUGCUGGUGACACACCGAAUGCCCGGAGGCAGAGUUGUCACAUGUGAGAUGGUUCUGUGGCAAAUGAGCCCUGAAGAAACUAGAGGACUGUUGAGGUUUUUAGAGUCUAACCUGGAGCCCAUUUGAAACUUUGGUUUAUAGUAUAAACUGUGUGGCAAGUGUUGGGGCGGCAGCCGUGGCUUUUUCCUAGUGUGUACGAAAGCAGAGUAGGUAAGAGAGUGAUGUUCACACUGUUUUCUGGACACCUGUUUCUUACAUCUGCUAUGCUGCCUUACACUUAAGACUUUGAUUAAAUCUAUUCUCUACAUAUUUGCCUUGAGGCAUCGGAGCAGUAGUACUACUUAUACUGUGCAUUUUCCGUGUGUGGGUAAGCUGGAGGUUCAUGGUUUUGGUAAGUAUGUGCCUAAGAUGCAUGGUGAUUUAGGUAAAACUACUUUGCAGUUUUUCUGUUUCUUGUUUUUUUUUUUUUAAAUGAUUGAUGCCUUUUGAAAAAUUUUGAUCUCUUUUUUGAAGCAGAGAACACUACUUUUCUGGUAUUGGGUUUCUAUAUUAAUUGACCAACUAACACACUUUUGUAUAAGUUUUAAGUCAGAGGGACCAUGUAACUGAAUAUUAUGUUAUUGACCAAAAUGGCAAACAUUUUCGUAGGACCAGCUUCGCCCAAGAAGAGCUUCUGUCAUUGUUUCACUACAGGGCUGGUGGCCAGUCUCGUCUUUUGUAGAAUUCUUUCAGCUGGGUAGCAUGGUAUACAGGCUUUCUUAGUUACAUUUGACCAAUGUAAGAAUUUCAUUGGCUCCCUCCCUUCCAUGAAAAUUCCAUAGGUUGGUGGGAUUUUAAUUUUUUUCUUGGGAAAAAAUGUUACCUAUGCAUGUUUAGCUUGGGGGCCUUAUAGUCACUCCCUUGAGCAUCUGCAUAUUCCUUAAUCUCUCUUUUAAGGCACAGCACGCUGGAAUACUAAUCUCUAGUAAACUCUUCUGGAUGCCAGGGAAAGCUGAGAGCCUUCCUUUAAUAGGAAAACCGCAGCAUGCUUUUCCUUCUUUCUACCCUCUUGGGGAAGAGCGCCUUAAGGCCUAUAUUAUUUCAUGAGAUUCCAUUCUAGAACAAUCGAGAAAGCAAGGGUCCCAUCCACAAGCUCUCUAUGAUAAAAAGACUUAAAAUUGUAAUCAAUGCAAACUUCUUUUUUUGGAGCCAAUUCUAAUAAAUUUCUUUUUGAUUGGAAAUUGAGGAAUCAGGCCAGUUUUGAGAUCAGUUCCAGCAAUGAGCAUACCUUCUGUCUGUGGAUUUAAAUCCUUUUGAGGAACAUCCAUUUUAGGUUUUUUCACAUUUUCUAAUAUGGCAUGGCUUUCAAACUGACUUAGUCUGUUCUUACAGAAAUCUAUGUAAGAACUGACUCCCCAAAUAUGGUGUCAUAUUUCUUAUCUCCCCUCGGGCCUCACUGAACCUUGGUAUGCCGAACAAAUGAAACAUAAUCAAGUUAUUGUGUUUUAUUUUGUUUUUUUAAACAGCUGGACAGCUGAGGCUGGACAUUUUUGAUCAAGAUGAUCCAAGGUUUCAGUGACACCAGUGGACCAGUGCUCUGCAGGGUGUCCAAGGGUCACCAUAAUGUUAAUGGAGUACCACAGUCUAUAAGGGUAUGGUCCUGACCUAAGAAAAAUGGCCAAAUUGCUAAACUUACAGAGAUGAUUUGAUUCAAACCGUUUUAAAAGACCAGGCCUGACCUAUGAUUUGUCUAUAAAUAAUUAGCAUCCGCCCUGUAGAUCUGCAAGGGAAGCCUCCCUCCUGCAGUGCAAUCUCUUGGUGAAUGCUAACCCUGCUCAAGGGCCUUUUGGGGAAAGGACAGUGAAAAGCCUCUAGAGAGGUAAGUUUCCCACCCUUCCAACCUCUCUCCAGCUGCAGCUUGCUUGGUGCUGUCAGAAUCUGGAUUUGGGGGGAGUGUCUCUGUAGUGGAACCAGUGACAGAAGCUGUUCUUUAGAAUUUUCAGGAUGGCUGUAUUCUGCGGUCAGAAUGAGAGAGUCAAGCUGGGCAGAAUCUCUCGCCAAGAGUUCAGGUAAGGUAAUGUUUAUUCACUGGGAAUGCCUUCCACAGCCAGACAGCUAUGCUGACAAUCUCAAGUUUUCUCCCAGUUUGUUUAAAUUUAAAUGAUAAAUUUGUAACUUUUUAAAACUAAAUUUUGGUUGGCUUUUUCAUGAAAACCUUUUUUCCUUUAUCCCAUACAAAAUGGUUUGAAAUGUAAUUGUUUUUUAAAAACUCUGUGUGUUGGAAAUUCUUUAAUCUGCUGUUUCCUCUUUUUCCCCCCUUUGAAAGUUUUGCAUAGCGUAAGCAUUCGUUAUGUCUUUUACCUUCCCUCGCCCCUCCCCUCCCUGCUGGGAGGUACUAAUGCUAUUAUCUGGUGCUGAAAAAUGGCACUAUAAAGCUGUGGGAAGGAAGGAACCCCAAACUACAACCUGCUGUCCUUUCAAGCCUUCCUUUGGAGACUGUUCCAUCGGUGCCGAGGUCUGUGAGAAAAUGCUUUACUGUGCCGCCAUCUUACUGAGUUGCUUCACGUGAGGAAAAUGGGGUUUUGACCCUGCCACUCAGUGACUCAGUUCCACAUUUUGGAUUGCAUACUGGAAAAGAAGCCAAUCUUCUUGCUAGUAAACCAACAACCCAGCUGUGUGCAGUGGUGACCAAACAAUGGAUAUAAACCUAAAAAUCUGAGGGAGGGGAGAGGUGAAAUACAAUAGUUCUUGGAAUCUGCAAUCGCCGAUUUAUUUGAGCAGGUUAUUUACUGAGACUUGAUAUAAAUCUGAUUGGAGGGAAUCUCUUAGGAUCUAGUGGACAUCUGGUAUUAUUUCCUCCCAGGAGAAAGGAGAAAUAUCAAUUAACCCAGAGGGAGUCUGGGUUCUGGAAUUCAGCAUUAGCUGCCUUAGGACAAUUGUGUCUGACCUCCAGUUUUGUCUGUCAUUCACAGCUGGCUUCCAGCUACAGUAUUCUCUGCUGUUAAGGAUCCGGGGUAGAUGGGUGGAUGGGUUUCUCGUUAAUUUUUUUUUUCCUUCCUUCAGGGUAGGGGAUUGGUUUGGCUUUCUUUUGUUGUGGUUUGUUUUGUUUCAUUUUUGGCAAGAUCCCUUUUAGCUGCAAGGACUUGAAAAGACUCUGAAGGAUGCCAGCAGUUUUUCCUUGAGGCCUAGAUUUUUGAAUUCUGUCCUGAACAGAAGUCAUUCCUCACAGCCUAGUGGACCAAUAGCACCAGCGAUUUUAAGCAGUGACCUCUUUGGGGAGUUUUUAGUUUAGUUUUAUUUUUUAAUUCUCUUUCCUUGGCAGCAAGGUCUUUAUUCCUGGAGAAUCUACUCUAUUGCAGACCCACUGCAACGUGAGGAGCCCUAACCGCUUAAGUGCUGUCGGCUUGAUGUACUACUCCGGACUCUGGAAACAGAUAUUGGUUCUAUUCUGUAUUUCCACUGUGUGUAGCUAAAACAACAGUCGGAGGCCAGAUGACCUGUCAGAUGGCUAGCCUUGUAUAACUUGACUCUGUAUGUUCCCAUGUAUGUUACCGCAAUGCUCCUCCUGUACAGUGUCUGUGGGAUGCUCUUUGAAGAUGGUACUUUUUUUUUCAUUCUCAAUAAAAGUACUUUACCUCCCACUUCCUGGUAUUUAAUCCUAUCGCUGAAUGUGCCUUGUGUGAGUGUGUGCUCCGGCGUUGCAGGACCUCAGAGCUGGAGGUGGCGCUCGGUGGUUCUUGGGGGCUGGCUGCCUUCCCUCACUGCAGGUGGUGUUAGACAUAUGCUACCUGAGGUAACAUGUUUUUGUUUUUGGGAGGGCGCGGGGAGUGGGGAGGGUCCACGGGAGGGUCUCUGGAUUUUUGAUAGUCUGUUUCAUUUUCUCUCUUCUAUACUAUUAAACUGCUGAUGUUUAUUUUCAGGAAUGUUUUGCAAAUGCACUUCUCUUCCCCAGUCCAACUGUAGGUACACUGUUCCUUUUUAUCAAAUAAGCACGUUUGAAACGAUGCAAAAAAAAAGGUCUUAAUUUCAUUUAAAGAAAUGUAUCAGUGUGUGGAGAUACUGGAAUAAGGUCAAAUAUAUAUUUUUUAAUGGCCAUGUGUUUAGAAUUAAUUUCAGCUCAUGGACAGGUUUAUGUUACAUUAGAAAGAGUAACGGUUUUGGUGGUGUCCUUAAGGAAGAAAGUUUCAAAUAAGACCUACCUCCUGCGAAAUGCCCUGAGUAAAUUACUGCAGGCAGCUGUCUGUAAUAUUUCAUCCUCCGAGAAGGGUCUUCUCUGCUCGUGCACGUAUCACUGUGCAACGGAGCUGCCUCCUCUUUCUAACUUAACAUAAAACUGUGGCGUCAUGUGUGGGUGCUGUGGAGAUGCUGACGGUGGUGUGUGUUUCUCCCUGUAGGCCUUCGUGGUGAAACACCUCUUGGAGUACACCCAGGUCACAGAUUCUGACCUCAAGUACAGCUUGCUGUUAGUCUUGGGCCUCCUCCUGACGGAAAUCGUGCGCUCUUGGUCACUUGCGCUGACUUGGGCAUUGAAUUACCGAACUGCUGUCCGCUUGCGGGGGGCCAUCCUAACCAUGGCAUUUAAGAAGAUCCUUAAGUUAAAGAACAUUAAAGAGAAGUCUGUGGGUGAGCUCAUCAACUUGUGCUCCAAUGAUGGGCAGAGGAUGUUUGAGGCGGCCGCCGUUGGCAGCUUGUUGGCUGGAGGACCCGUUGUUGCCAUCUUGGGCAUGAUUUAUAAUGUCAUUAUUCUGGGACCAACAGGCUUCCUAGGAUCAGCUGUUUUUAUCCUCUUUUAUCCAGCAAUGAUGUUUGUAUCACGGAUCACUGCAUAUUUCAGGAGAAAAUGUGUGGCCACCACAGAUGACCGUGUCCAGAAGAUGAAUGAAGUUCUCACCUACAUUAAAUUUAUUAAAAUGUAUGCCUGGGUCAAAGCAUUUUCUCAAAUUGUUCAAAAAAUCCGAGAGGAGGAACGUCGGAUAUUGGAAAAAGCUGGGUACUUUCAGAGCAUCACUGUCGGGGUGGCUCCCAUUGUGAUGGUGAUCGCCAGUGUGGUGACGUUCUCUGUUCACAUGACCCUUGGCUUCGACCUGACAGCAGCACAGGCUUUCACAGUGGUGACUGUCUUCAAUUCCAUGACUUUUGCUUUGAAAGUUACACCGUUCUCAGUAAAAUCCCUCUCAGAAGCAUCGGUUGCUGUCGACAGAUUUAAGAGUUUGUUUCUAAUGGAAGAGGUUCACAUGAUAAAGAAAAAACCAGCCAGUCCUCACAUCAAGAUAGAGAUGAAAAAUGCCACCUUGGCAUGGGACUUCUCCCACUCCAGUAUCCAGAACUCACCCAAGCUGACCCCCAAAACGAAAAAAGACAAGAGGGCUGCCAGGGGCAAGAAAGAGAAGGUGAGGGAGCUGCAGCGCACUGAGCAUCAGGCGGUGCUGGCAGAGCAGAAGGGCCACCUCCUCCUGGACAGUGACGAGCGGCCCAGUCCUGAGGAAGAAGAGGGCAAGCAUGUCCACCUGGGCAACCUCCGCUUACAGAGGACGCUGUACAACAUUGACUUGGAAAUCGAAGAGGGUAAACUGGUUGGAAUCUGUGGCAGUGUGGGAAGUGGAAAAACCUCUCUCAUUUCAGCCAUUUUUGGCCAGAUGACACUUCUAGAGGGCAGCAUUGCAGUCAGUGGAACCUUCGCUUAUGUGGCCCAGCAGGCCUGGAUCCUCAAUGCCACUCUGAGAGACAACAUCCUCUUUGGGAAGGAAUUUGAUGAAGAAAGAUACAACUCUGUGCUGAACAGCUGCUGCCUAAGACCUGACCUGGCCAUUCUUCCCCACAGUGACCUGACUGAGAUUGGUGAGCGAGGAGCCAACCUGAGUGGUGGGCAGCGCCAAAGGAUCAGCCUUGCCCGGGCCUUGUAUAGCGACCGGGACAUCUACAUCCUGGAUGACCCCCUCAGUGCCUUAGAUGCCCAUGUGGGCAACCACAUCUUCAACAGUGCUAUCCAGAAGCACCUCAAGUCCAAGACGGUUCUAUUUGUUACCCACCAGUUACAGUACCUGGCUGAUUGUGAUGAAGUGAUCUUCAUGAAAGAGGGCUGUAUCACAGAAAGAGGCACCCAUGAGGAACUGAUGAAUCUCAAUGGUGAUUAUGCUACCAUUUUUAAUAACCUGUUGCUGGGAGAGACUCCCCCAGUUGAGAUUAAUUCAAAAAAGGAAACCAGUGGUUCACAGAAGAAAACCCAAGAGAAGGGUCCUAAAACAGGAUCAGUAAAGAAGGAGAAAGCCGUGAAGCCAGAGGAAGGGCAGCUCGUGCAAGUGGAAGAGAAGGGGCAGGGUUCAGUGCCCUGGUCAGUAUAUGGUGUCUACAUCCGGGCUGCUGGGGGCCCUUUGGCAUUCCUGGUCAUCAUAUCCCUUUUCAUGCUGAACGUGGGCAGCACCGCCUUCAGCAACUGGUGGUUGAGUUACUGGAUCAAGCAAGGAAGUGGGAACGCCACAGUGAUGCAAGGGAACAAGACCUCUGUGAGCAGCAGCAUGAAGGACAAUCCCCUCAUGCAGUACUAUGCCAGCAUCUACGCCCUCUCCAUGGCAGUCAUGCUGAUCCUGAAAGCCAUUCGAGGAAUGGUCUUUGUCAAGGGCACGCUGCGAGCCUCCUCCCGGCUCCAUGAUGAGCUUUUCCGAAGGAUCCUUCGAAGCCCUAUGAAGUUUUUCGACACUACCCCCACGGGGAGGAUUCUCAACAGGUUUUCCAAAGACAUGGAUGAAGUCGACGUGCGCCUGCCGUUCCAGGCCGAGAUGUUCAUCCAGAAUGUCAUCCUGGUGUUCUUCUGUGUCGGAAUGAUCGCAGGGGUUUUCCCAUGGUUCCUCGUGGCAGUGGGGCCCCUCUUCAUCCUCUUUUCAGUUCUGCACAUUGUCUCCAGGGUCCUGAUUCGAGAGCUGAAGCGUCUGGACAAUAUCACGCAGUCGCCAUUCCUCUCCCACAUCACGUCCAGCAUACAGGGCCUUGCCACCAUCCAUGCCUACAAUAAAGGGCAGGAAUUUCUGCACAGGUACCAGGAGCUACUGGAUAACAACCAAAGUCCUUUCUUCUUGUUCACGUGUGCGAUGCGGUGGCUGGCUGUGCGGCUCGACCUGAUCAGCAUUGCCCUGAUCACCACCACUGGGCUGAUGAUUGUUCUCAUGCACGGGCAGAUUCCCCCAGCCUACUCGGGUCUUGCCAUCUCUUAUGCUGUCCAGUUAACGGGGCUGUUCCAGUUUACCGUCAGACUGGCGUCCGAGACAGAAGCUCGCUUCACCUCAGUGGAAAGGAUCAACCACUACGUCAAGACUCUCUCUUUGGAAGCACCUGCCAGAAUUAAGAACAAGGCUCCCUCUCCUGACUGGCCCCAAGAAGGAGAGGUGACCUUUGAGAAUGCAGAGAUGAGGUACCAAGAAAACCUCCCUCUGGUCCUGAAGAAAGUGUCCUUCACCAUCAAACCUAAGGAGAAGAUUGGCAUUGUGGGGCGGACGGGAUCAGGGAAGUCCUCUCUGGGGAUGGCCCUCUUCCGUCUGGUGGAGUUAUCUGGAGGCUGCAUCAAGAUUGACGGAGUGAGAAUCAGUGACAUUGGCCUUGCUGACCUCCGAAGCAAACUCUCCAUCAUUCCUCAAGAGCCAGUUCUGUUCAGCGGCACCGUCAGGUCAAAUUUGGAUCCCUUCAACCAGUACACUGAAGACCAGAUUUGGGAUGCCCUGGAAAGGACCCACAUGAAAGAAUGUAUUGCUCAGCUACCUCUGAAACUUGAAUCUGAAGUGAUGGAGAAUGGAGAUAACUUCUCAGUGGGGGAACGGCAGCUCUUGUGCAUAGCAAGAGCCUUGCUCCGUCACUGUAAGAUUCUGAUUCUAGAUGAAGCUACAGCUGCCAUGGACACAGAGACAGACUUACUGAUUCAGGAGACCGUCCGAGAAGCAUUCGCUGACUGCACCAUGCUGACAAUUGCCCAUCGCCUACAUACAGUCCUAGGCUCUGAUAGGAUUAUGGUGCUGGCCCAGGGACAGGUGGUGGAGUUUGACACCCCAUCGGUCCUUCUGUCCAACGACAGCUCCCGGUUCUAUGCCAUGUUUGCUGCUGCGGAGAACAAGGUCGCUGUCAAGGGCUAACUCCUCCCCACCACCACCGCCGAAGUCUCUUUUCUUUGGAGCAUUGCCAUUCCCUGCCUGGGGCGGGUCCCUCAUCGUGUCCUCCUGCCGAAACCUUGCCUUUCCCGAUUUUAUCUUUCGCACAGCAUUUCAGGAUUGGCUUAUGUGUUUCACUUUUAGGGAGAGUCAUAUUUUGAUUAUUGUAUUUAUUCCAUAUUCAUGUAAACAAAAAUCUAGUUUUUGUUCUUAAUUGCACUCGAAAAGGUUCAGGGAACCGUUAUUAUAAAUGUAUCAGAGGCCUAUAAUGAAGCUUUAUACGUGUAGCUAUAUCUAUAUAUAAUUCUGUACAUAGCCUAUAUUUACAGUGAAAAUGUAAGCUGUUUAUUUUAUAUUAAAAUAAGCACUGUGCUAAUAACAGUGCAAAUUCCUUUCUAUCAUUUUUGUACAGUUUGCUGUACUAGAGAUCUGGUUUUGCUAAUAGACUGUAGAAAGGGUAGCAUAUUGUUCUUCUGUAGCUGGUUGCUUCACGGUGCCGGGUUUUCUGGGUGUCCAAAUGAAGAUGUGUGGCAAUAGUGGGCCCUCCAGUGGCACCCUCUGCCACCCCCCCACCCCGCAACCACUCCAAGGCGGGGUCGAGGGGGUCGCUGGAGGCCAGGCAGAGCGCCGUGAAUUCUCAGGGCUCCUGCUUUCUGUCCUGUUGUCACGUCACUGUUUCUGUUGGGAGAGCAGUGGGGCAAAGCCCCAGACCCCUUUUCACUCCCUCCAUCAGGAAUGAGAAUCACAGAAGCGUUCCUCGGAGAGGGGAAGUUUCUUUCCUGCCUUCCUCUUUUUGCUGUUGUUUCUAAACAAGAAUCAAGUCUAUUCACAGAGUGUCCCACUGCCUCAGGUUCCUAACGCUGGCCACUGCACAGAGCUCUCCAGCUCCUAGACCUGUUGGUUCCACACCCUGGAGCCAGCUGCUGCUUUUUUCGGUGGUACUUUUUCGUUUGCCUGGUCCCACACCUCCGCAGUUCAGUGACAGGGUUCAGGAUUUUGUGGGUCUGUUUUCCUUUCUCACUGCAGUUGUCACACAGUCUCUUUCUCUCUCCAAAGUCUGCGACUUUAAGCAGCUCUUGCUAAUCAGUGUCUCACACUGGUGUAGAAGUUUUUUGUACUGUAAAGAGACCUACCUCAGGUUGCUGAUUGCUGUGUGGUUCGGUGUGUUCCCGCAAACCCCCUUUGUGCUGUGGGGCCAGUAGCUCAGGUGGGUGUGGUCGCUGCUGUCAUCAGUUGAAUGGUCAGCGUAGCAUGUCGUGACCAACUAGACAUUCUGUCGCCUUAGCAUGUUUGCUGAACACCUUGUGGAAGCAAAAAUCUGAAAAAAGUGAAUAAAAUUAUUUUGGAUUUUG